UAUGCUUAGUCCAGGGUCCUCUUUUAAUGACAUUUUAAGCUGUUUUAAUCAAAUACAAUUACAAUGGCUAGGAAUAAUAAUAAGAUAUCUUCUUUUUGUUGUGUUCUUUUGGUUGCUUUGCUGGUUGCUGAUAAUUACAAUGGCUGUCGAGCAGGAGGGACUGAAGAGGUUGGUGUUUACGAAUUAAAGAGGGGAGACUUCUCUAUCAAGUUCACUAAUUUUGGUGCUUCCAUGAUUUCUGCUAUUCUCCCUGACAAACAUGGGAAUUUAGCUGAUGUUGUUCUCGGGUUUGACUCCGUUGAUGUCUAUAAGAAUGAUACGACCUAUUUCGGAAAUAUUGUUGGACGUGUUGCCAACAGAAUUGGAAAGGCUCAAUUUACUUUAGAUGGAAUUCUUUACAAAUUGGUCCCUAAUGAUAAUAAAGUAAACAUUUUACAUGGUGGCCCUAAGGGCUUCAGUGAAGUUGUAUGGUCUGUCUAUAGUUACAGAAAAGACAGCCACAUCACUUUCACCUAUGAAAGCUUUGAUGGCGAGCAAGGUUUUCCUGGUGAUCUUUCUGUAUCAGUUACAUACUCUAUAAUUGGCACAAACAGAUUGGGUGUGAAAAUGAUAGCCAAACCCAAAGACAAGCCUACUCCAGUGAACAUAGCCUUGCACACUUACUGGAAUCUUGGCGGGCAUAACAGCGGUGACAUCUUCUCCCACACCAUCCAAAUCUUUGGAUCGAAAAUCACUCCAGUUGAUAAAGAUCUCAUCCCAACUGGUGAAAUCAAAUCCAUGGAAGGCACACCAUAUGAUUUCUUGCAGCCCCGCACAAUUGGAAGCAGGUUCAAAGAGUUGCCUGAUGGAUAUGACAUGAACUAUGUGCUACAGGAUUUGAAUCCUGGGCAUCUGAAGAAGGCUGCUGUGGUGAAAGACAGUGUUUCUGGAAGGACAAUGGAGCUCUGGACCAACAAACCUGGAUUGCAGUUUUAUACGAGUAAUAUGUUGGAUAAUGUUGAGGGAAAAGAUGGAGCUGUUUAUAAGAGAUAUGCAGGAAUUGCAUUGGAGACACAAGGUUUUCCUGAUUCUGUUAAUCAUCCUAAUUUCCCAUCACAGAUUGUUAAUCCAGGAGAGACUUAUGAGCAUAUUAUGGUUUAUAGGUUCACUGCUCAUUAGUUGAGAGAUUCUUAAUGUGGAUCAUAGUUAGUGUUUUUAGUUUUAAUUAUGAAUAAUUUCUUAUUUUCUUAGAAA